UAGGAGACUUAGCUCAGUAUUGCGGAAGUUAUGAAGAUCAAACCAACCUUUGGAAUCACUCUAUUUUUGCUACUUUUGUUUUUCAACGGUAUAGAGUCAAGGUAUGAAUCCGGAGGACAACGGACAAAUGUGAUUGAAGAUGAUUCAUUACCAGUAGUAUCACAAGAAAAUGAAGAUUGCUUUGUAUACAGAAGGCUUCAGAAUGACAAGACUUUUUUCAACGAUAGAAAACUACGACCAAGUGCCACAUUUUACCCAGAUAAUGAUGUAAGAGACAAGAUUUUUGUUAAAGAUAUUGAGCCACAACCAAGUCUCUCGUUCUAUCUAAAUGAUGAUGCAAAGAAAAAACUUUUUACUAAAGAUAUUGGGCCACGACCAAGUCUCUCGUUCUAUCCAAAUGAUGAAGCAAACAAAAAGCUUUUUACUAAAGAUAUUGAGCCACGAUCAAGUGCUACAUUUUAUCCAAAUGAUGAUACAAAGAAAAAGCUUUUUAAUAAAGAUAUUGAGCCACGACCAAGUGCCACAUUCUAUCCAAAUUAUGAUGCAAAGAAAAAGUUUUUUACUAAAGAUAUUGAGCCACAACCAAGUCUCUCGUUCUAUCCAAAUGACGAUGCAAUGAAAAAACUUUUUACUAAAGAUAUUGAGCCACGACCAAGUGCCACAUUUUAUCCAAACGAUGAUGCAAAGAAAAAGCUUUUUAAUAAAGAUAUUGAGCCACAACCAAGUGCAACAUUCUAUCCAAAUUAUGAUGCAAAGAAAAAGAUUUUUAGUAAAGAUAUUGAGCCACGACUAAGUACCACAUUCUAUCCAAAUAAAAAAGCUUUUUACUAAAAAUAUUGAGUCACGAUCAAGUACUACGUUCUAUCCAGAUGAUGAUACCAAGAACAAGCUUUUUACUAAAGAUAUUCAACCUCAACCAAGUACCAAAUUCUAUCUGGUAUCUCAAAUAAUUACGGUAAAAACAACCUUUUUAGGAAAGAUAUGUAAUCAUUUGGUUAUAUGACCAACUAAUAUGUGUGGUUUGUAAUUUACAUUUCCGUUGAACAUUGUGGCGUGUGACUUGUAAAAUAAAAAAGAAAUAAAUUGUGGAAAAGAAUAAUUAUGUGUAGAAAGCCAUCUGAUGAGAUGAUUUGC